AAAGACCAAAAAUAUUUUCUGCAUGCAACAGGCCCACUCUCUCUCUUCCGAUUCUUGAAUCUCUCUCCUUUUUCACUCCGAAUCGUUUGGAGAGAGAGAGAGAGCGCUAAAAAUCGCUGUCAUUUUUGUACGGUCGAUCCUCUUUCCUUCAAAAAUUGUGUUCGCGCACAACGCUUUCUGACCUUUACUGAAGCCCAUUUGGUUAGUCGUCUCUGUAUUUGGAGGGUUUAAUUUUAGGGUUUUUGGUCACAAUCGGCUAGUCAAAGCACGGAGAUAGCAAGAAUCGCUGGGUGUGACUAUUCUUGUUAGAAAAUGGAAGAAAGUACUUCAUCUUCUCUUUUGGAAGGGGCGAUAACAGGAAUCAAAUUUGGUUUGGCAACACGGCAGGAAAUAUGUACAGCAUCAAUCAGUGACUGCCCUAUCAGCCACUCUAGUCAAUUAUCGAACCCCUUCCUCGGGUUGCCCCUUGAAUUUGGUAAAUGUGAGUCUUGUGGCACUUCUGAACCAGGAAAAUGUGAAGGUCAUUUUGGGUAUAUCGAAUUACCCAUACCCAUAUAUCAUCCUAGUCAUAUCAGUGAACUAAAGAAGAUGUUGAGCUUGUUGUGCUUGAAGUGCUUAAAGAUCAGAAACAAUAAGAUAAAGAGUGAUAGCAUUAGUGGAAAAUUGCUAUCUUCAUGCUGCGAGGAUGCUCCACAAAUUUCCAUCUGUGAAGUCAAAACGACAGAUGGUUCUUAUUUGGAACUGAAGUUACCGUCUAAGUCGAGAUUAAAGGAUGGAUUCUGGAAUUUCUUGGAGAAAUACGGUUUCCGCUAUGGUGACAACAUCACUCGGGCAUUGCUUCCUUGUGAGGUGAUGGAAAUUCUUAAAAGAAUUCCAGAGGAAAGUCGAAAAAAACUAGUGGCGAAGGAGUUUUUCCCUCAAGAGGGAUAUGUCAUGCAAUACUUGCCUGUCCCUCCAAAUUGUUUAUCUUUGCCAGAGGUGACUGACGGUGCUAUAGUGACGGCUUCGGAUCCAUCUAUAUCAAUGCUGAAGAAAGUCUUGAAGCAAGUUGAAAUGAUAAAAAGUUCGCGGUCUGGUACGCCAAACUUUGCGUCACAUGAGGUUGAAGCUCAUGAUUUGCAAUCAGCUGUUAAUCAAUAUCUUCAAGUGCGGGGCACAGUGAAGACAUCACGAGAUCUGGAUACAAGAUUUGGGAUUAACAAAGAAUCGGAUAAUUCUUCAACCAAGGCCUGGCUGGAAAAAAUGAGAACGUUGUUCAUUAGAAAGGGUUCUGGGUUUUCCUCCCGUAGUGUGAUUACUGGUGAUGCAUAUAAGGGUGUUAAUGAGAUUGGUAUACCAUCGGAGAUUGCACAGAGGAUUACUUUUGAAGAAAGAGUGAAUGAGCACAAUGUUAAGUACUUGCAAGAGAUGGUGGACAAUAAUUUGUGCCUAACAUACAGGGAUGGGUCAUCCAGUUAUUCAUUGCGGGAAGGCUCUAAGGGGCACACAUUUCUUAGGCCAGGUCAAGUCGUGCAUCGGCGGAUUAUGGAUGGUGACUAUGUGUUUAUUAAUAGGCCGCCCACGACUCAUAAGCACUCCCUUCUAGCACUCAGAGUUUAUGUACAUGAUGAUCACACUGUAAAGAUUAACCCUCUCAUUUGUGGGCCUCUGAGUGCGGAUUUUGAUGGAGAUUGUGUGCACCUUUUCUAUCCCCAGUCUCUUGCUGCAAAAGCUGAAGUUCUGGAGCUUUUUGCGGUGGACAAGCAGUUGCUCAGUUCCCACAAUGGCAAGCUUAACUUGCAACUGGCUACAGAUGCACUUUUAUCGCUUAAAUUGAUGUUUAAGAAAUAUGUUUUUGACAAAGCUGCUGCCCAACAACUGGCUAUGUUUGUUCCAAAUGUCUUGCCACAACCUGCUUUGUUCAAAGGUUAUAGUUCUGGGCCUCUUUGGACGGUUAUGCAGAUUCUGCAAUCGGCUAUGCCUUCAUGUUUCGACUGUUAUGGUUUUGAUCUCAGCCAGGAGGCUGUGCAACCUUUGUUAAAUGAACUCGUGACCUCCAUUUUCAUUGAGAAGGGUCCAAAGGCUGUCUUGGAUUUUUUUGACUCGCUACAGCCCUUGUUGAUGGAGGGUUUGCAUGCUGAAGGCUUUAGUAUUGGUUUGGAAGAAUUUGUAAUGUCAAGGGAGGCUGUAGGCGUAGAGCAAUUGGACUCAUCUGUUUGGGGUGAUUUAAUUGACCUCAAGAGCAUUUCAGCAGUCAACAAGGUAGUGCAGCAAAUUGGGUUACUUGGUCUUCAGAUUUCGGACAAGGGAAAACUUUAUUCUAAGACAUUGGCGGAGGACAUGGCCUCUCUUUUUGAAAGAAAGUGUCAUUCUGAUGGAGACCAGUCUGCAAAGAAUGGGUUUAUCAAGAGCUGUUUCUUCCAUGGACUAAAUCCAUUUGAAGAGAUGAUGCAUUCAAUUUCAACGAGAGAAGUUAUAGUUCGCUCCACCAAAGGAUUAUCUGAGCCAGGAACCUUAUUUAAAAACCUGAUGGCUAUCCUUCGGGAUGUUGUCAUCUGUUAUGAUGGCACUGUAAGAAAUGUUUGCAGCAAUUCCAUUAUCCAAUUUGAGUAUGGGGUGAAUCUGGGAACCAAGUCACAGAGUUUAUUCCCUGCUGGCGAACCUGUUGGUGUGCUGGCUGCGACUGCAAUGUCAAAUCCUGCUUACAAGGCUGUUCUUGAUUCUACUCCAAGUAGCAAUUCCUCAUGGGAAUUAAUGAAGGAAAUACUGCUUUGUAAAGUCGGUUUUAAGAAUGAUGUUAUUGACCGGCGCAUAAUUUUGUACUUAAAUGAGUGUCGUUGUGGGAAGAAAUACUGCCGAGAAAGAGCAGUUUACUUGGUCAAGAAUCAUCUGAAUAAAGUCAGCCUCAAAGAUAUUGCUGUUGACUUCUUGAUUGAGAGCCAGCAGAUAUCUGAAAGUGUUGAUGCUGAUGCUUUCCUUGUUGGUCAUGUUCAUCUCAACAAGAAGCUGUUAAAAGAGAUGAACAUUAAUAUGUCUGAGGUUCUUCAGAAGUGCCAAGAUACUGCCAAUUUAUACCACCGGAAGAAGAAAGUUGGUCAGCUAUUUAAAAAGACAGUUCUCACUGUCAGUGAAUCAUGCUCUUGCCAGCAAUGCCUCAAAGAUAAGUUCUCUGGUACAUCAUGUUUGAUGUUCUUCUUGCAAGCUUUAGGGGACAUCCCUUUGGAGAAAACAUCGUACUUCCUUGCUGAUAUCAUUUACCCGGUUCUGUUGGAAACAGUUAUCAAAGGCGACCCUCGGAUUUGCUCCGCAAAUAUAGUUUGGGUCAGUCCAGAAACAACAACUUGGAUAAGAAAUUCUGCUAGGACACGACGGGGUGAAUUAGCGGUGGAUAUUGUUCUUGAGAAAUCCGUUGUUAAGCAAAGUGGUGAUGCUUGGAGGAUACUCAUGGAUUCAUGUCUCCCUGUUCUUCAUUUAAUUGACACCACUCGCUCAGUCCCAUAUGCAAUAAAGCAAGUACAAGAAUUGCUUGGGGUUUCAUGUGCAUUUGAUCAAGCAGUUCAGCGCCUUUCCACAUCUGUGACAAUGGUAGCCAAAGGUGUUCUCAAAGAGCAUCUAAUCCUCUUAGCAAACAGCAUGACUUGUGCAGGAAAUUUGGUUGGCUUCAAUUCUGGUGGUUAUAAGGCACUUUCGCGCUCCUUGAAGUUCCAAGCACCAUUUACUGAUGCUACACUGUUUACACCAAAAAAUUGCUUUGAGAGAGCUGCUGAGAAGUGCCAUGUCGAUUCCCUAAAAAGCAUUGUUGCAUCUUGUUCUUGGGGUAAACAUGUGGCAGUUGGUACAGGAUCUCGAUUUGAUAUCCUCUGGAACACAAGAAAGUGUCUUUUCCAGGACGAAGCGAACCAAAAAGAUGUCAUUGAUGUUUAUGACUUCCUUCACAUGUUGAGAGGCGCCAUAAAUGGAGAUGAGUUAAUUAAUUCAUGUCUAGGUGAAGAAAUUGAUGAUCUGAUGGGGGAUGAAGCUGCUGAUUGGAGCCUUUCUCCAGAGCAUAAUUCUGGUAACGAUAAACCCUCUUUUGAGGACAUGACUGAACAAGAAUUAAGUGAUAAUGAUAAAGGAGGACCGUGGGGUAGUGGAUCCGGUGCUUGGGAAUCUAAGGCUGUGAGCAAAACUGAUAUAGCUGGUUGGGGGAACGAAGCAGCUCAUGAUUCUUCUACAAGUGACUCGAUCAGUUGGGAAAAGGGGGGAGCCAAAAAACCAAUGGACCCUCCUGAACAAGAAUUGGGUGAUGCUGACAAAGCAGAACCUUGGGGUGGUAGAUCUAGGGCCUGGGAAUCAAAGAGUAUGCCUAAAACUGAUGAGUCCAGUGACUGGACCAGUUGGGGAGGAAAGGAAGUUGAAAAACAAAAUGAAGAUCUCCCUGAACAAGAAUUAGGUUAUACCAACAAAGCAGAGCCAUUGGUCAGUGGAUCUGGAGCCUGGGAAUCUAUGAGUAUGCAUAAAGCUGAUGAAGCCGGUGACUGGAACAGUUGGGGACAAAAGGGAGCUGAAAAACAAAAGGACGCCCCCCCUGAAGAAGAAUUAGGCAAUACUGACAACGUAGAGCAGUGGGGUCAUGGAUCUGGUGCCUGGGAAUCUACAAGUGCGCGCAGAAGUGAUGAAGCCAGUUGGGGGAAUGAAGAAGGUCAUGAUUCUGCUUCAGGAAAAACUGAAGACUGGGGUGCCAGAAUUGUGAUUGAUGGUGAAUGUAGAAAAUCAUCUGCCUGGGAUGAGGUGGUAAAUCAGGAUCAGUCAACAUCUCUUUGGAAUUCAGAUGGUAGUAACUGGAAAAACAAGAGCCGGCCACUGAAAUCUGACAGGAUUAUGAAAGACAAUCCAGGCAUUAGUGGAUUAUUUACUGCUACGAGACAACGGCUUGAUAUGUUCACUUCUGAUGAGGAAAAAAUCCUUUCAGAUAUUGAGCCACUUAUGCAGUCAAUCAGAAGAAUAAUUCACCAAUCUGGGUACAAUGACGGCGAUCCACUUUCAGCUGAUGAUCAGUCCUAUGUACUUAAAAAUGUGUUCGAGUACCACCCAGAUAAAGCUGUGAAGAUGGGCACUGGCAUUGAUUUUCUCAUGGUCAGCAAGCACAUCAGUUUCCAGGAGAGCAGGUGCUUUUACAUCGUCUCCACUGAUGGUAACAAGCAGGACUUUUCCUAUCGUAAAUCUCUUGACAAUUUUAUAAGGGGGAAGUAUCCUGACUUGGCCGAAGAAUUCAUUGCUAAGUAUUUCAGAAAACCUCAUGGUGGAGGGAACAGAGAGCGGAAUGUUCAGAAGGAAACUGGAAACUAGAGUAGGUUUCUUGGACAGAUUUAUUUAGGCACAUACUUUCCUAUCAUUGGAUAUGUAUAUAAAGCAGAUGUCAGUAUACUCCUGUUGUGUAAUUGAUUAUACUUGAGGGUGCUGAACUGCUCCUUUUUCCUGCCAAUAGCAGUUCUUAUUUAUCCAUAGAAAUCUAACUGUCAGUCUACAACUAGAUGAAGUAUUUAACAAUCAGUCUAAUGAUAUUCAUUGUUUGAAGUGAAGAAUAGUGAGUGGUGUGGAUGAAGGUUGAGGAUA